AUGAUUUUCAAAUGCUAUAACGCCGAGUCGCGGCCUGAAGUCGGUAGCGGUGCCAAGAAGCACGUCGUUGCGCUUGAAGCCAAGCGCGGGUUCCGACACCCAGAGGACUUUGCCGCGUUCUUGGCGACGAUUUCGGACGGCGCCGUGCAACUGCCGCUCGCCGAGGCGUCGGCGAUCCUGCAAGCGCUGCCACGCGACCAGCUCGAGCGCAUCUUUUGCUCCGACAUGAUUCGCUGGUUCAAGCGCUGGGCGUAUGUCCAGAACCACCGCGGCCACGUGGCGUUCGAUCAGACGCCGCUGUGGAAGCAUGCUGCCAAGAGCAUCAAGCGCCAUCGUGCCAUGCGGUGCGAGGCCGAGCUCUCGGCUGCCCAUGGAUGA